CGGGCGAAGGGCGGUUGAGCCGAGAGCGCGCGCGCGAGCGAGGUCGGUUUCUCGGUUCGGGUCGCGAAGGGGGAGCCGGAGGAGCGCCGGGAGUGCCCAACUGCUCGUCCGCCCGUCGAAGUCCUCCCACAGCCGCUGCCACCGUCGUCCUUGAAGCAGGACCAGCAGCACACGGUAACCAUGAGUGAUCGAAAGGCUGUGAUCAAGAAUGCUGAUAUGUCCGAGGAGAUGCAGCAGGACUCGGUGGAGUGUGCUACACAGGCCUUGGAGAAGUACAACAUUGAGAAGGAUAUCGCUGCUCACAUAAAGAAGGAGUUUGACAAGAAAUACAAUCCUACUUGGCACUGUAUUGUGGGAAGAAACUUUGGCAGCUAUGUGACUCAUGAGACCAAACACUUCAUCUACUUCUACCUGGGUCAAGUUGCUAUCCUCCUUUUCAAGUCUGGUUAGAUAUGGGACUGUUCCACCCGAAUAUGCAUUUGGUUACUGGACUACACACUAAUUCCAAAUAGACUGAAGUCUUCAGCCUUCCCCAGGGAACAUGCCUUGAUCUUCAAGCCUUUUGUUUUAAUGGACAGGUACUCCUCUGUACCAAUUUGUGGUUUUGUUGUGGCCAUAAAAAAAUAGCAAAAAAAAUUACCUUGUAUGUAUUUUCUUUCUAAAAAGACAACUAUUGGUUCCUUUUUCAAAUAAAAUGGUUGGGAAUACUUAGUGUUUAAGGCCUUAAUAUAGUAGUUCCUGUACAUGGCCCAGCUCAUCUAUAGGACCAUCAGCUUUUGCACUACAGACUUCAGAUUGAAACUACUGAGUAUUUGGCCAAACAAACUUCAGUGUUCAAUCUAGCUCAAGACUACACAAGUCCUAUCUGCUUCAUAGGGCUUACUUAAAGUAGUCUCCACACAUGUAUAACUAAGAACUAAAUCCAAUAUUACUCCUAAUUAUAAUAGACCCAUUGGUUUCAUAAAUAGUGAUUAACAAGUCAUGUUACAUUUGAAGGGUCUAUUUUAGUUUAAGCUAAAAUUGAAUUAAACCUCCAACAGUGCUUUUUAAUAUAACAUGGGUAGAGCAGACUACAUCUUGCUCUGAUAUAUCAGCAGCAUAGUAAUAACUAGUGCUUGCAUUUAAUUUAGCAAACUAUAAAUGGCUUUAAAAACCUCUUGAUAAGUCUUGGCAGAAUGCCUGUAUAAACUCCAAGGAAUUAAAAAUCUACUUUAAAGAACCCUGUUUUGAACUGCCAUCUUGCUUAGCCAGAUGAGCAGAAGUUAAUGUCCAGUCUCCAGAUUCAGAUUUCUCUUCUCCCUUGGGUGUGUGUGUAAAAUGCAUACAGUUGUUCCUGGCUGUUAUGAAGGGCACAAUCUAACUGCUCUGAAGUCCUGUGGUUUUACACUGGAAUGAAGUGUGUGGUCAAUUUUUCUACUGAAUUUAGGGUAAAAUGCUACUUAGGCUUGGGUUAUGGCAUUUCUGUUCACUGUAGACUAUUACCUGUAUUCCUUUUAUAAUUCAGUGUUUGUAGUUAUUUAGUCACAUCUACUAGUGGAUACUACUAUUACAUGGCACAACUAACUAAUGGGAGUCAGUGACUUUUCAAAAUGGUGCUAGGCUUGAAGGCAGUAGUGUCCACCACAGAAUGUUGUUUAACCUCUGUUCCAGAGUUGCACUUCUGAAGCAGGCAAAUGGCAGUUUUGAGUUUGUGUUGUUAGUACUCCUUUGUCUUAACAGCUGUUAAUAAUAUUGACUGAUUAAAAUGUUUGGAACAGUAAAGCCCAGUGAUGUUUCACCAUA